UCACUUAUCCCACAAUCCCCUCUUUCCCAUUUUUACCCACGCAGUCCGUUCGCACAGUUGCGUGGUUGCCGUUUGUAACGCAGGAACGAUGUACAGCCCGUUGAACGAAAGCGAAAUGAUGUUCGAUCUUGAAAAUCCUUCCGAUAUUACAAGCACCCCGGAGACGCAGUCUUGUUCGUACAGUGAACAUGCCAACGCCCCUCUAAAAGGUCCCGAACGGAGUUUUAAGCCUCAAGGAUACAAGUUCAGCUUCAGUUCCUUGCGCAAAGGAAGCCUCGCACCGAUCCUUGAUAUUGGUGAAGACUUCCCAGACGUCCAGGGCAGACGUCCACGUACACCUGACGAGCUAUGCUCGUCUCCCACGUGCACACCGAGCGGACAACUCGCCUUCAUCGACUCUUCGAGUCCUGACCGGUCCCUCCGAACCGUCAUCAAGCGUCCGUCCAUGGUAUUUCCGAACCUCUGGAGCGGACAGCCUCCGUCACCCGAAUUCGAUGACGCGACGCCGUCGUGGCUGGCGAGGAAGACCUCCGUGGCAAGCCCACCAGAGACUCCAGGCAAGUCGCUGAACGUGACUACAAGCAGCGGUCCCAUAUGCCGCAUCUGUCACGAAGGCGAGCAGCAGGAGCCUUUGCGUUCUCUGUGUCACUGCUCUGGAACUAUGGGUCUCAUACAUGUGUCGUGUCUUCAGCGCUGGCUCUCCAGUCGCAACGCGCAGUCAUGCGAGUUGUGCCAUCACCGUUUUCCAACUGUGCUCGAGGGACAAACUUUUACGCAGUGGAUACGUAACGCCGAUCGCAACACGAGGCGUGCCCAGUGGGGUGACCUGAUAUGCUUCAUGUUUUUAACGCCGGUCGCACUAGUUAGUGGCAUGUUUAUCGUGAAGAGUGCGACUAAGCAAAUCGUUGAGCGGCGAACACUCGAAGCGUCUAGCCUGCUCGUGCUCGGGUGCGUCCUUCUGACGGCGUACGCCGCGUGGGCGCUGCUCACCUUACGGUUCCACCGACGAGUUUUUCACGAAUGGCAGAAGAAGAACAGACGCCUGAGGAUCGACGCCCAGAGUCGACGACCGAACUCGGGGGAACUAGAAGACGUUGCCGGUAUGGGAGCGUCCGUAGAAUUUUGAUACCUCAAAAGCAUGGGGACCUGGUUCUAGGCCCUUCGCAACACAUGCCUUCGAACAACGUACUUUAUGUGGUUUUAGGGUUAAUUUUAAGUUUUCUCUCUCUUCGUUCUCGUUUAUGUGAAUUUCGAAACGAAUGUUAAUUUAUUUCUUAGAAGAGCACAUUAAAUGUUGUUCCGCUGAA